CCUAUAGGCAAGUCCUUUAUGCUGAACUUUUUCCUGCGAUACCUGCAGUCCGGUUGCGGCACAACCGAUGACUGGCUCGGCUCGACUGACACCCCACUGAAGGGGUUCUCGUGGAGGGGCGGCAGUGAGAGGGACACCACUGGUAUACUGAUGUGGUCGGAGCCGUUUGUCAUCAAACUGGAUGACGGCCAGGAGGUGGCCAUCGUUUUGAUGGACACUCAGGGGGCGUUUGACUCGGAGUACACGGUCAGGGACUCGGCCACUGUGUUCGCGCUGUCCACUAUGACCUCAUCUAUACAGGUGUGCAAUCUGAUGCACAAUCUCCAGGAGGACAACCUCCAGGUGUUGGAGAUAUUCACCGAAAACGGCCGACUGGCGCUCGAGGCCACCGACGAGAAGCCGUUCCAGAAACUACUGUUUCUCAUACGGGACUGGAGUUUCCCAUACGAACACCCGUACGGUCUGACCGGCGGUCAGAGCCUACUCGAGAAGAAGUUGGCCAUUAAGGACAACCAACCGACGCAACUGCAACGCGUCCGGCGCCACAUUCGCUCGUGUUUUAGCGAUAUUGGCUGCUAUUUGAUGCCACAUCCGGGCAACAAAGUGUCCACUAAUCCACGCUUUGACGGCCGAGUGGCCAAUAUUGACGGCGAGUUUGUCGACUAUCUCAAGACGUUUGUGCCGCUAAUGUUGGACCCGAAGAAUGUGGUGGUGAAGGAGAUUGGCGGCCGUCAGGUCACCGGCAAACAGUUGAUGGAGUACUUCAAAGUGUAUAUCAAUGUGUUUGCAGGCGAAACAAUGCCCGAACCCAAGUCUAUGCUGGAAGCGACAGCCGAGGCCAACAACCUGACCGCAGUGGCCACAGUCAAAGACACGUACGUGGCCUCCAUGGAGGACAUCUGCGGCGGCGAACGGCCGUUCAUUAGUUUGCCCGAG